GUAAGGUCCGAUCAUGAAACCACGAUUCCAUGUGCUUGGGAUAGUUUUAGAUCAUUUCCGGCGCCAAAAUAACAGUUUUCAUAUUUCCCCCAUUGACUUAUAAUGGUGAGGUCACGUGACCGACCUGACCUCAUGUGACAUUUAGGUUAAAUCCGAGAUAUACAAGUUGUGAGACUUCUGAAGGAUACUACGCCCUGUAAGUUUCAUCUUCCUGCAUGAAAGUUUCUCUGGCACUGAGGGCGUUGCAAAUUUGCAACAUCUGAGGACCUCGCAGAGGCUCGUUUAUGACGUCAUAGGUCAGUGACCUGACCUGACCUGAAAACGCGGUUGGUGUCAAACGAUCUCUAAUUCAUGUUCGACACAUUCUAGUGUUGUUAUACAAAAAUCAAUUCAUUAUAUUUUCAAUUUAUUUGACUAUUAUGCCUGGCGAAUAUUUAUUUUUCAAAAAAUAGGUGCUAUCUCAAAAAUGGAAAUUUUUCAGAUUUCGGGGACCACACCAUCGGAUUCCUCGCAAAAUUUUAGUCCAGAAAACAUUAAAAUUGGAGAUGGGUAUUUUCAAAAGUUAUUUACCGUCUUUUGGGGCAAUGUGAGUGGGCUGGCGGAGUGUGCGGGACGCGGGCGGAGUGAGCGUGACGGACUCGGACUCUGAGACGGACCGAUCGCAGACGGACUGGACGGGGCCCGUCUGCAGGAGACGACUACACGUGUGCCGGUGCGUCUACAUUAGACUUCACUCCAACCACCGCCGGUCAUGCCGGCCACGUCACCCCUGUCGGCAAAUCCACCAGUACGACUGAGGCGGUGCCGGAUGGAAUCGGCCGACACCGGCGAGGGUCAGCGGCCAUGGCUCUCCGCGCCGCCCGUCCGUGGCCGGAACGACCUCGCCGCCGUGCACAAUGCUGCAGACGCAGAGGGCGACUCUCAGGCACCCGCAGUUUGGAAGGAGCAGAUCAAAGAUAAGAUGAAGGAAGAGAUCAAGGAGGAGUUCGUGGAAGAUAUCGAGACGGAGCGGAAGGAGGAGGUCUAUUCACCAGAGGCUGAGCUGCCCUUCUUACCAUGGACACCAGACGAGGAUCCUUUGUCGGUCAGCGCUCUGCAGUCUCUGGUUAAGGAGGAAAACUUGCGGUGUCGGUUGCCGUCACCGUCUGAGGACUUCAUAGGGUUCACUGAGGUGGACCGGGACAAGACAUCAAAGCCCAUCCGGAAAGGGUCCUCGCUGCUGGUGUACUACGGAUACGACUCGGUCCGGGAGCUGGCUGUCCACUCGGAGACGUGUGGGACGUCUCUGAAUUCCCCUCCGGCCGGACCGUCGUCCUCCGGUAUCGGCGAUGCCCUUCGAUGUCCUCACUGCGACUACCGCUGUUCGAAACAACCGUGUCUAGACCGACACUUGAAGACAUGGGACGGUGACGGCGGCAGGAACGGUAGAUUCCAGUGCGAGUGGUGUCCGAACGCCACUGACUGUUCCGACCAUAUGAAACGGAAUCGAAGGACCCUCACGGGCGAACGGCCAUUUGGGUGUACCUCCUGUUCGGCGCGAUUUGGAGAGCAACCCAGUCUCAUUCGACACACGAAGGCCCACAUGGGAGAGCGGCCGUACGGCUGCUCCAUCUGCCCAGCACGGUUCGCUCAGCGGUCACACCUCAUCAGACACAUGCGGAUCCACACUGGGGAGAGACCGCACGGCUGCUCCAUCUGUCAGGCACGGUUCUCUGAUCGGUCAAACCUCAUCAACCACAUGCGGACCCACACGGGAGAGCGGCCGCACGAGUGUUCCAUCUGCACGGCACGGCUCACUAGACGGUCAGACCUCGUUCAGCACAUGCGUACCCACACCGGGGAGCGGCCAUACGGCUGUUCCAUCUGCACGGCCCGGUUCGUUAAACAGGCGGAGCUCACCAGACACAUGCGGAUCCACACCGGGGAACGGCCGUACGGCUGCUCCUUCUGCACGGCACGGUUUGCUCAACAGGCAAACCUCACGAAACACAUGCGGACCCACACGGGAGAGCGGCCUUACGGCUGCUCCAUCUGCCCGGCACGGUUCACUAGACGGGAACACCUCACAAGACAUGUGCGUACUCACACCGGGGAACGGCCGCACGGCUGCUCUUUCUGUACGGCACGAUUCUCUGAACGCUCACACCUCAUCAGGCAUAUGCGAUCACAGAGCUGCGGAGUCGGAGUCGGUCGGAGUCACCACCGACCGACUCCUAUUUGAGCUCACCUAUAUCUGUCGGAGUCGACAGUUUUCCCGGAGUCAGAGUUGGAGUCAGUAUGACUGCAUGGCUCAAAAUCAUGCCCUUACAUUUCAUUCAUUUCAUUUAUUUACGUAUCAGCCACGGGACAUGCCCAUUUGCGGCUAGUCACAGCACAAAAAAAAAAACAGUCUUCAUAAAAUUAGCCUAACUGCCAAAGCACAAAAAUAAAAAUGAAAGUUAAUUUAAAAUAAACAAAUGCGAGCACUGAACAUUUGAAAACCUUUUCAAGUGCUAUGAUAACAAGCACUCUUGAUACACCUUAAAAUAGAAGACCUGACGCGAGAUAAAGAAUCAUGAAACAUGUCGACCUCAUCACAUCGCUGCCAAAACUCGCUCAUCUGCACCCUGGGAAACCUUCAAAACACGAGUAUCCCGACCAAUAGCGUGCUUCUUGGGUGACGGCAAGGUGGCGUCAUAUGCAUCUGUCAGAGUGGCCGACCUAUGAUUUUUUUCUUCUUCUUUUGCAUGGCUCAUUGUACGGAGAAUGGCAUGUGUUCCAACUACCAGGGACGGUAAAAUGUACGAUUGCACAGUGGAGAUUUUCCCGAUCUAGCACGACUAUUCGAAGAGGGUAGAAGUGUAGCCAGAUUAUGCACAGAUGUAUGUGGUGAGUGUCACCUUAAAUGUACAUAAUAAACAUAUAUAUUAUAUGGUCA